AGCGGCUCUCCGGGGAAGGUCGACUUCUUCAACGUUCGUCACGGGUACGCAAUGCCCCCUCCCCCCGGGUAAGGAUGCAUCGGAUCCAUCGAUCCAUCUUGCUCUUGUUGUUGCCGCUGUUUCCUCGCCACUUCGCCUCGCCUGUCUCACCCUGGGACCGAGCUUGUUCUUGCUGGAAUGCUGCGACUGCAUGCCAGGCAUCACGACGCUGUUCCUCCGCCGCAUCCCCAUCCGCGUCCGCUUCCCUCCGCCUUUUGCCUCCCACGCUCCCCAGCCCGUUGCUUGUCCGCCGACCCUAGCUCGUUCUGGGGCUGGGCUCCCCCCCCGAUCGAUGGGUGUCGGUCGAGCUAACCCUUCUCCAGAAGAAUCUGCUACACAUCGGCGCUGCCAUGCGGUUUAGGAGCGGAUGAGCAUGUGCGGAUGGAGACAUUUGGGAUUGCCCAUGUUUCCCGCUCUCUCGGGUCUUACACUGAUCGAUAUCCAUCCCGAUCGACCUCAUUCGCCAUCCAAGCCAGCAGAGCAGCCCGGAGAGCCCUCCUGCCUGGGUCCUAGUUGUGGACAUUGACCGUCUCGCGGACGAAGCUAUCAGCCGCACUGCCGUCGACCGUGUCUCUGCCCACGGCCACCAUCGUCACUUGACCAAAAGCAACCAGGCAUGUAACCCAACAUGCCAGCCUCCUGGCAGUCCACGCAAGGGCCCCCCCUCCUCCUCGCCUGGGUCGGCGUCGUCGCAAGAUGAAGCCAUCGUGACCGGAUUGGGGCUAAGCCAAUGGCUAUACGACAGGCGAGGUGGGAUUCAAGUCCGCUCAACCACCUGCAACGGGGCGGGGGAGCCUCUGAGCGCUACUCCGGUUCUUCCAAGCAUGCAAUGACUAAAUGACAUGGCCACCCUCCCUUGCCUAGUGAGACCUUUGGCAUCCACACACACAGUCGUCAGCCACCCCAAACAUGGCAGCUUUCGCCUUGCCCCCCCAGCCAGCUCUCGUCCAUAUAAUGCUCGAGGAGCCCGCGCUUCCCCUUUGUGCGGGCGAAACGUCACACACCAAAGGCGGCUCCCCAUCCCCUUGCGGGAUCUCCCUUCCCCUCCGCUGCUCGUGGCCCAAGAUGGCGGCUCGCGGCCCCGCUGAUGCGGCGGCGGCGGCGGGCGGCAUGGGCGGCCACGGCCUGCGGUUCCUAAACGACGAGUGGAACGACAGCAUAUCCAACGGCGCGCCCUUUACCCUGCGCUGGAACCAGUCCUUGGACAAGAAGGUCGGCUCCCAGCUCAGUCUUUUCAAGGUCACGUACCCAGAGGAUGGCGUCAUCGUCUAUGAGCUGGUCACAAACUUGACUGAGUCUAUGGACACCGCGCAAUGCGUGUGGACGCCGGAUCACCUGGAGGGUGGGCUAUAUACGUUAUGGCUCAGCAACGGCCAGCACGGUCAUGCGAACUGGACCAUCUCCCCUCCAUGGGUGCCCAAAGAAGAGCCCAAGAGAAAUACAGACGGCCGUCGCUUACACUGGGCUGCCCCCAUCAUCAUCCCUGUGGUCUGCCUCCUUGUCCUCUAUGGCGUGUGCCUGACGGCGUACCUGCUGCACCGCCGCCGGAAAAAGGCCAAGCGGGAAAAAGAGGAUGCGACGCCGCACCAGGAUGUCAGCCGGAACAACUCGGUCGACUCGGCCGUCACGGUGCAGACCUUCACCGUCGAUGCCGAGGAGUUCCGGGAAAAGUACGGCCGGCUACGCGCCGCCAGCAAUGGCGGCGAGAUUUGGAUAUUCGCCGACGCCUCGGACCACGCCGACAUCACCGUCGGCGGCAUCCCGGAGAAGGACAUUGCCGACGUCGAGCUCGGACGCGACGGCGAGGACGAAAAUGUACAUGAAAUCGAUCAUCGAACCAUUGGUAUCGGCCUGUAAGUACGGAAGCGAAAAAGGACCGCGGUACACGACACGUAGCGGACAAAGAUCUCUUGUUGCAUAACACGGACGGGCAUCUUGGAGCAUUAGCUGUGAAUACUGCACGUUCACCGGGGACGGCUCGGCUCAGGAAAGGGGUACGGCAGUGGGUCGGGACGCGCAAGAACACACACAAGUCUCAGCGUUUGCUCUUCACAUUUUGAUCCUUUAUCUGGGACUUUGAGGUACGGGCUAUGAGCGCACAAAGGAGCCCGGUUAGAAAGCAUGUAUGCCUUGUACGAUAAUGGCGAUCUGGUAUCUAGACCCUGUAGCAUAUGGCCCGACCCUACGCAGCAUCUCAUAUAGGGGGCAUCUAAUACAGGAGCAGGAUCAUCAACUUGG